AUGGCCAAUAGACUAGAAUCUACUCCAAAUUCUAAGUUGAGCACGCAAUUGCAAAACUUUGCAUCUAAAAGUGGGACCCAGAAUGAUUCAAGUGAAACUUUCAAAGCUCCUAGUAACGACCUUGCCAUAGGUGAUAAAAGCGAGAAUUCUAGUGGUACUGGUGACGAUGAGACGAAUGUUAAAGAACACGAAAACGACGGCCUUUUUUUCAAACCAAGGGCGAUGUAUCGCCAGGAUCAACAAGCUAGGUCCAGAAGCACUUUGAUCAGAGUAUACUCAGAAAACGAAAGAUCAAACUUCAAUGAUUCAACGGGAACACGAUUGUACGACGAUUUAAAGUACAGACCAGUACAUCAUGACGGGGCUGGCGGCUCUCCCGUCAAAAGCAGCCCCAUUGAAAUAGCCUCCAAGUCCAAAAGACGGCACUCCUCCUCGCUUGAAGAAGAGCGUGAACUUUAUCGAAACGCAACCCAGUGGGCUGAACGUGGCUAUUUUGACAUGCAGGAUGAGUAUAUACCGGAUUUCGACUUCUCCAAUGCGGUCUCACAAUGGCAAAGUGACGAAAACCUUCUCGGAGCUAGAACUGUAACAGUCGACCCACAGGACUCGGUGGAAUCGCCCUGCUACAACAAUUGGGCAGAUUAUGAAGCAGAUAUCAGUCGCUCAUCCUCUGUAUCGUCUUCGUCUAUGGUUCUCCGUUCUUCUCAUGCCAAAGUGGCUCCUAUUCCCUUGCCCAGAACCAGUUUGCCCAUAGUUCCUCCGAAUCGCCCCCUUCGCCAUGAUUAUAGCAACAUUUUUAGCGAGAAACUGUCACAGACGUCGCCUCUUUCCUACGCAAGGACUAGGCCUGUUCCCGCCCUUAACACACAACCUAAUAACGACUCCUUGAGAUUUUUCAAGAGACAAAGGUCAGGUCUAGAUUUGGAAUCACCUUCUUCGCCCUUGGCUGCAACACCACUCUAUAGUAAUGCUUCUUCUAUUGAAGGUGCCCUGUCGACGGAGGAACUAAAGGAUAUGAUAACGCACCUUCCAGAAGACUUUCUGGCCCUUCCUUAUAGUCAAAGAAAGAAAAUUCUUAUAGAGCGGUUUCCAGGUAUAGACUAUAAAGCUAUGAUGGCAGGACUCAAGAGGAUGUAUUUGACAUCUGCCAAGAGCAGUACUCAAUUACAAGGCAACAGGUCGAGACGGGGCUCACUGGCUUCGCAGUUUUUAAGUUCUUUUACUCCGUCAUCAUCCUUAUCCAAACCUACGGAUAAAGGCACGAUUGUAAUGGGGCAUUCACUUGGCAAAAUAAUUGGUUUUGGAGCUUGGGGUAUGAUAAGAGAGUGUUAUAAAAUCACUGAAACAGCGCAGGAUAAUGAGGUUCCGCCGUCUGCUGUGAAAGCGGUUAAAAUCGUAAGAUUCAGAAACAACGCUGUGGUAAAAACUCAAGUUUUAAAAGAAGUACGACUUUGGUCCAAAAUGAAACACGAAAAUCUUCUGCCGCUAAUCAAAUGGAAGAUGGAAGAUGACUACGCGGUUUAUUGUUUGACCAAUAAGAUAAAUGAUGGUACUUUGUAUGAUUUAGUUGCCUCGUGGGGCAAUACCAAGGAGUCUACUAUAGCUCUUCCGUUAAGAUGCCGGUUAACUGCCGAAUUAGGACUCCAGAUUGUGCGUGCUCUAAAAUACAUGCACUCUCAACAGAUUGUUCAUGGGGAUGUUAAGCUGGAAAAUUGCUUACUCAUGGAGCGGGAUGAAAAUCAGUGGAAUGUGAUUUUGUGUGAUUUUGGCAUGAGUUCGGAAUUUGGCAAGAGCGCUGAUACUGUAGAUGGUCAAGAGCGCAAGCUAAAGUUUGAGAAGGCAGACUACCAGGAUUGUGACCCUCCGAAAAGUGACCCCGUAGCGUCUUCACGACAGCUGCCCGCUGUUUCCAGAUCCGUAUCGAACAGCGUUUUAACGUCGUCUGUAAAACAGCUGAAAAAUGUGCAUAUGAGUCGCGGAGACACACCCCUGGGUGUGAGCUCAUUUCCCAAGCAUUACGGGCCGUCAUUGAGCAGCGCAAGCCUUUCGAAUAACCUUCCUACAAAGCAUGACUUGAAAAGAACAUCUGCGGCACCAGCAACUGCUAUUAUCAAGAGCACGACUAGGGAAAUACAAGCUUUGGCUCAACCUGAUUUUUUACCGAGCUCCCCUAGCGAUGGUAAUUCUCAUUCACCAAAUCACAUUGGAUCUCUUCCGUACGCCGCGCCAGAACUUCUGGACCCUGUUCCACCGCCGCUUUUGCCACCUGCAGACGUAUGGGCUUUAGGAGUCACGCUUUACACAAUGCUUAUGGGUAAACUGCUUUUCAAACACGAUUACGAGCCAAGAUUAAGGGCAAUGAUAGCUGCUGGCAAAUAUGACGUCAAGCCACUGGAAAAAGUUUGCAAUGCUAACAACCCUGAGCAAGGCUCAUCACAGGCACUGUUAAGCGCAGUAAAAGGAUGUCUACUAAAGGACAUCUCUGAAAGAUGGAACCUUGACGCCGUUGAAAUAUCUUUAACAUCGUAUCUUGAUUCUUUGCGUACCGAGAAAUAUAAAACAUAG